AGAGAAAUUAUAAUAUACAAUAGUUAUCCAAGAAAGAAUGCAAAAAUUUCAGACCUGCUUAUCUCAUCAUAGAAAACGAUUACUAAGGCAUUUUUCCUCCUGCCGCUCGACAAGCAAUCCAAAGUGAUUUACGUAAGGCUGUUGUAAUCAGUAUCUCAACUCUUUAAAUACUGUCAUCGUGUUUAUACUACCAAUGAAACUUUCGUGGAUAUCUUACUUCUAGCUGGGGGACGAGGAAGUAACGCCUUCAGGAGCACCAUGGCCGCCGCUGGGGUUCUCGAAGAAGCAUGGGAUGAAAAAUUGGUGAAAGAUUACCUCCAGAAAGCCGCCAAAGUGACACCUCCUCCUAGGGUCGACCACAAGCAGUUCAUUGAGGCCAGCAACAAGUUCCCCGUCAAGUUCCCAACACAGACAGCCAGGGUCCAGACACACGUUAAGAACGGGAAGGAUGUUAAGAAGUUGACGGAACACAUCAACACCGCCCGGCCAGUUCUCCAUCACCGCUGUCUGCCGCUGUUUGCCUCCUUCCUCCACCACAAGAGGACCUACGGCACGUCAACAGAAAAAGCUGUGUAUGACGGUAUGGACAUGGUGGGUCUGGUGGACCGGCUUCUACACAAAAGGCCCAUUACAUUCUUCGGGCGGCUGGACCAGUACCUCCUGCGGGACACGACUCAGAGUAAAGGAGGCUUUGAGAAGAUCGGGACAGACCAGGAGACGCCGCCACUCUGCCUCGCCGACUAUCUCAGCUACGACGAGAUAAAACUCUCUGCUCUGCUCUCUGUAUCCUCGCCCUCCUUCUUCAUUAAUGAUGGCAACCGUAAAAACAAAGGAGUGCCAGGAGCUCCCGGCAGCUACCAGGAAGAAGGAGUGGUUGUGGGGAUGGUGGGCGCUAGACUGAAGAAGGCGGGCUUCAUGGAGUGGCAGGACUGUGUAGUGUCUCGUGACCAGAACACCAGAGAGGGCGGCUACGGUGGUGUGGGGGAGCCACCUCACCUGCAGCACUUGUGGUCCCACAUGUGGAGGACGACACUGCCGGUGUGGGACAAAGUCUCAACUCGGAGUGAAGAAUUUUUCAAGUUUGGGAGAGAGAACUAUGUCAACGUCCCGGUAUACAAGGCGCGGAUACAGCUGACGGCGGAGACCCUUCUGGCUGAGGCCAAGUCUCGGGCCAUGUCGGCAGGACUGAAGGCGUACAUCCACGUGGUUGGUCUGGGCUUGGGUGUGUGGCGAGCUUGUCACGAGCAGGACGCCAUGUUUGUUGACGCCUGGGGAGCAGCCCUCCAGGCCUGCGACACAUCGCAGGUGGCUCAUGUGGACUUCAGUUGGAUUGGAGCUGACCAGUGCCAGGGUGUGGGCGACGGGGAAGUCUUCCCUGACACGGGCGUUGUUAUUCAUUUCUCCAAACGAUCACUGCACGACCACGUGCCCAAAGGCACCCUGCUGGUAGUCAGCUACGCCUGGGACGGCAACGCCUUCCCCGGGAACGAGUACUGGAUCGGUAAGCUGGCGAGCACUGGUGACGGUGCCGCUGCCUGCUCCACGGGCGUGGCCGAGUUGCACAACUCUCACAUCAACGCCAAUGUGUGUGGCACCAACCUGCACGUAGCUGGGCCCUGGGGUGUGAUGCACGUGGGGGAGUACGCCAGUCGUGCCCUCAGUAAACUGUCCUCACACAAGAAGCUCAAGAUCACUCCAGAAUAACAAUAACUUGAGUAUAACUUUACCUGGGAAGACCACCAUGACGUCACCACCAUGAAGUAAUCAACACAGUUAUAGCAUCAUAUAAAUUGUUAAAAUAAAUACGACUCCAAGGAAGCACAACAAGUUAAGUCAUAUUGUUAUAUAAUUCUGAUGAGGAUAAAUGUUGGAGAACAGGAAUAAAAUAAAAUUGGAAAAAAGUUUCA